AUGUCCUUCUCAUGGUUGACACGAAUUGCAGAAAAUCGAUUGAUUAAAAAAUUUGAUUAUAAUACAUUUGAAGAUUUCACAAUAAUUGCGAGCGGAGCAUUUGGUGUAGUCAGUCGCGCCUAUUCGAAAGAUUUCGAACAAAAAGCUGCAUUAAAAUGUAUGCACGAUGAAAAUAGUAAUGAUUUUAUAAAACAAUUUAACAGAGAAAUGCAACUCAGUGUUGCAAUAUGCUGA